GGCGGAUGUUGACAGGCCUGCUGCUGGGCUCAAGCUCUGGCAACUGCCGCUAUCACGUUUCCAGAAGUCUCCACACUUUGCUAGAAUUUUCCUGCCACUCCAGAAAGACUGUCCACAUCCGCAGCAAAUCCAUGGCAACCGAAAGCAGGUUCCCCGAUAGCUUCAUUGACGAAGAUCCACAGAGAGCUCUGGAGGAACUGAAUGAGGCCUUGAGAGGAGACUCUGACAACGCUCAGUGGUUUUGCCAGCGUGCCUAUGCCCACAUACUCCUCAAAAACUACAGCUGUGCUGUUGAUGAUGCCAAAAAAGCACAGCAGCUAACACCCAGCCUUCCCCUUGCUUUCAUGCGAACAGGAAUAGCAGAGUACCACCUGAGCCACUAUGAGUCAGCACAUGCAGCUUUCACUCAGGGACACCAACUGGAUGUCUCUGAAAAAUCAUUUGAGAUCUGGAUCAAGCAGUGUGAGGAGAGGAUGGGAGAGCAGACACAGAUCGGCACCGACAACAGGACACCAGCGGUUCCACCUGUGAAACAUGACUGGUACCAAACAGAGUCUCAAGUCAUCGUCACAGUCAUGGCAAAAAAUGUACCCAAGGAUGGUGUGUGUGUCAACUUCAUGGAAAAAGAGCUCUCUGCCACGAUACAGCUGGCGUCAGGGGAGAACUACAACCUCGACCUCCACCUCCUGCACCCCAUCGUCCCUCAACAGAGCAACUUCAAGAUCCUCACCACCAAGGUGGAGUUCAAGAUGAAGAAGACAGAUGCCAUCAGAUGGGAGAAGCUGGAGGGAGAGGGACAGGAGUCCAACAUCAAACACUUCAAUCCAAAUCAGUACCCCUCAUCGUCCCACGUCGCCGGUAAAUGGGACAAGAUCGUGGUGGACAUCAGCGAGGAGGAGAAAACCGAGAAGCUGGAGGGAGACGCAGCGCUCAACAAGCUCUUCCAGCAGAUUUACUGCGAUGGCUCGGACGAGGUCAAGCGGGCCAUGAACAAGUCCUUCAUGGAGUCCGGUGGUACAGUCCUGAGCACCAACUGGGUUGAUGUGGGCAAGAGAAAAGUGGACAUGAGCCCACCGGAGGACGUGGAGUUCAAGAAGUACUGAGCACUUCACUCACUCACUCACUCCCCCUCCACUCCCCCCUCUCCUCUUUCUUCUCAUUUAUCCAUCUGAACUCCAGCAGGAGCGCCUGUUGCCCUGCAGUAUCCGUGGCCGUGCACUUCUUCUUCUUCCUCCUCUUCCCAAACACCUCAGUUGUGCUGUUGCUCACUAAGUGCAGGGAGCUCCAGUGUUCCCACUUUCACAAAACCAAAUUCACCCAUGCCUCUCCCCCCCCCCACAAUAAUUUACCACCUGAUGCUGUCAUUUAAUUUGACUAAUCUGUUGAACAGAUUGAAUUACAUGUCUGAUUUUAAAAGCCAAUGGACUAUAAAGGGAAGUCUGGAUUAAAGUUGUGACUGACAGACCGGAAAUGCUCCAAUUCAACUUUCAGAUCAUUCUUCCUUUUCUCUCCUCUGCCUCCCCUGGUUUUCUUAAAAACGCCCACAGCCUUUCUAUUUGAGAGCCUUUCAUGACUUCCUAUUAUCAGCACUUGUAUAAAAAUGUAAAGUUGUUAAAAAAUAAGUACCGGUUGAGAUGUUUAACUGGUAGCUAUGAUUGCAUUUCUCGGCUCAUGCUGUUUUUAUUUUUUUUUUAUCCUGUACGCUCGGUAAAAAGUCAACAGCAGUCCUUUGCCAACUGGCUUCUCUGGAAUGUGUGUGGCGUGUCAGCCAGCGGCUUAGCACCGGUCGUUCCCCUCAGUGUGAUUCAAGCUUCAGUGUAAAUAAAAGAUUUGUUGUUUGCCUCACAAACUUUUGUCUCACGUUUUAUGGUCCAAUGU